AUGGCUGGCCUCCCACCCGGCUGGGAGUGGGACUUCGACGGCCAGCGCUGGUUCUACACUUAUAAGCCCACCGGCCACAUCCAGUACCACUUCCCCAAAGAGGGCGACGAGUUCCCCGACUUCGUCGACGCGGGCGCCCCGGCCCCAUCCCUCGCACCAGAGGAGCUUCUGGCGUCGCAGCAGCAGGUGAAGCGGCAGACGAGCACCGGCAGCGGUACCGGCCGACCCAGCAAGGCCCGCGUUUCGGCAACGGCCACCCGCCCCGUCAGCAGCGUGUGGGAAGAGGCGUCGGGCGAGGAUGUGAUAUUUCAGCCAGAGAGCCUGAUGUACUUGGGCCCGGGGACGUACAACGAUGUAAGUCCAUUGGCCGAGGAGGAGGACGAGGCCGCGAGGAGGGUCAUCACCGGGGCGCUGGCAGAGGCGGAUGGGACGCCGACGCCAGGCUCCAAGGGGCCCAGCCCGAUUGCGAGCCAGGGAGCAACACCGGCGACCAGGAAGAGCGACGUGGAACCUCCAAAGACGGACAGCGCGGUUCACAUUAUUGAUGCGGGGCCGGUGAUCGAGGUACAGUCCGGGAUCGAGGCGGAGCAGGCCGUGCCCAUGCUUGAUAGCCGGGAGAUGCCCCACGAGCUCCCCGUCGAGGUUUUCAACCCCGUGGGUGUGAUUGCCGAGAUGGCGACCGAGAUGACCCAGAGAGCACAAAUCGAGACGAACCCGCCGCCGGUCGAGAUUGCUGAUAACUCGAUACUCGCUCCGAUUGAGACGGUUCAGCUCCCCCAAGGGUAUUCGGAGCUGCCUGGGCAGACGAGCCCGGUCGAGGAUAAGAAGAAGCCUAAUGAGCCUGGUGGUAUAAGUAUUGAGAUACCCAAGUCUAAAGGAGCUGGGACACCACCCGUUCAGGUUCAGCAACAACCCCCUCCUCCUCAGCAGCAGCAGAAACAGCAGGAAGUCUCUCCACCACAACCUCCAUUGGAGUCUCCACCAGUCGACAAGCAGCCGGAAGGCCCAAGCAGCAAGUACCAGGCAUUCUCGCCAGCGCGUGGCUCUACAGAGGCAACUGAGAAGAUGGAAAACACUAGGCGGUCAUCCAUGGCUCUGGACCCUCGGCGGAUAUCUAUACAGCGCGAGCCCUCGCUCCUGAUGGGACUCGGGAAAAACGACAACAAGAUGGACCCAUCUUUGGUGCCUGCAGCUCUUUCUCUGAGCAAACCGACUGGCCCUUCACCAGAGAGAUCGCCCCCAUUUCAGCCAGUUUCCGGUGCCGUGGCCGAAUCGAUAGAUGUGGCCAAACCAGGCGAUAAUUCUCCUGGCAUUUCACCCGCACCGUCUGUGUUAAGGCCCGCGAGAAAUGGGGAUGGUCGGAAGCUGAGCGACAGCACUAAUCCAACCUCACCCAAUGAUGAUGAGUUUGAGAGCACAAUGCAGCUGGCACUUGGCGACAAGCCAGGUGUGAGCAAGUUUCCAUCUGUUCUCAAGCCCGCUCGUGGCAGGGCACCUUCAUUGCCGGGCAAGGCGGCAUCCAAUUCCCAAAACGGAUCUCGCAACCAAUCUCCAGCCCAAACUCCGCCGAGGAGGAGCUACGAACAAGACGAGGCCGCCCCCAAGGAGAAGAAGUACUUGCCAUACACCGGGGACUGCAACAGCAACCACCGCAGAACCCAGGAGUAUUCCACCAGGGACACGGUCCGAUCCAGCACCAGCCUGGUUUCCCGCAAGGUGUUAUCCCUCCCCAUAUGA